UUUGCCAGGGGAUAUCCCUGGCUGCUGCUAGUCCUGUCGCCCCCUCCCUCUCCCCCACCCAAAACCCUUCAGAGCAUCGCAGGGAACAGCCAGAGGUCGACCUGACGCAGCCCGGGCUCCGCGGAGGGAAUGUAAAAAGGACCCGCAGCAGCAGGGCCGGGAGUUCCAGGUUGGCCGUCAGAGCUCCCUCUGAGGUUGGGUGUCUUUGCGUGCCUUUCCCCUUCCCCGAAACCUCAACAGGGACCUCUACUCACUUUCUGCCCCAGCACGAUGCUCUUGGAGCGAGCCCGGGCCGAGAAAGCGGCCCCUGCCGAGGCCUGCGCCUUCGGCCGGAAUGCAGAGGUCCCGCUAUGCGCAGGGUGCAACCAGCACAUUGUGGACCGCUUCAUCCUGAAGGUGCUGGACCGGCACUGGCACAGCAAGUGCCUGAAGUGCAGUGAUUGUCAAGUCCAGCUAGCGGAGAAGUGCUUCAGUCGCGGGGAGAGCGUCUACUGCAAGGAGGACUUCUUUAAGAGGUUUGGGACCAAAUGUGCAGCCUGUCAACAGGGGAUUCCUCCAACACAGGUUGUGCGGAGAGCCCAAGACUUCGUCUACCACCUCCACUGCUUCUCCUGUGUUGUCUGCAAGCGGCAGCUGGCCACAGGGGACGAAUUCUACCUCAUGGAGGACAGUCGCCUGGUUUGCAAAGCUGACUACGAGACAGCCAAGCAGAGAGAAGCAGAGUCCACAGCGAAGAGACCCCGCACGACAAUCACAGCCAAGCAACUGGAGACCUUGAAAAAUGCAUACAACAAUUCCCCCAAGCCGGCCCGGCAUGUGAGGGAACAGCUUUCCUCCGAGACCGGCCUGGAUAUGAGGGUGGUCCAGGUUUGGUUCCAGAAUCGGAGAGCGAAAGAGAAGCGGCUCAAGAAAGACGCUGGGAGGCAGAGGUGGGGGCAAUACUUCCGGAACAUGAAGCGGUCAAGAGGGAACUCUAAAUCCGACAAGGAGAGUAUCCAGGAAGAGGGUCCAGACAGCGACGCUGAGGUCUCCUUCACAGAUGAACCAUCUAUUUCUGAGAUCAGCCACACCAACGGAGUCUAUGGCAGCCUUGGGGAAAACUCUCCUGCCCUGGGGCGGCCGGCUGGGGGCAAUGGAGGCUUCUCCCUGGAGCACAGUGGACUCCCGGUUCCAGACCAGUAUCAUGACCUCCGCCCUACCAGCCCUUUGCAGGCCCUGCCUGGCCACCAGCCCUUGAUGUCCAGCCUGGUUUACCCUGAUGGUGGCCUCAGCCUGGUGGGGCAGAGCGGACAGGGAGUGCCCCAGCCCAUGAGGGUGCUGGCAGGGAAUGGACCCAGCUCGGACCUCUCCACAGGGAGCAGCGGGGGCUACCCAGACUUCCCUGCGAGUCCUGCCUCAUGGCUGGACGAAGUGGAUCAUGCCCAGUUUUGAUGGAGCCCAUCACAUCUGGCAAGGGUGUGCGCGCUCCCUUGAGACUUUUAAAAAAUGGAAUGACAAUGUUAUCUCAACUGGCGUUGGGAUCGGCCAGCAAAGAUGAUGGAGGAAAUCCUCCUACAACAUCCACUGCCCCAACUGCAGGACUAGCCCCAUAUUAGGGGCAUGUGUGGAAAAAUAUAUAGAUGGACCAAGAUGCCUUUUGGGCCUGACUGACAGUCUGGAAGUGAUUCCUGGGCUGGGCCACUUGCCAUUGAACCACAGGGCCAGGCAACCCUACUGAUGGCACCAAAUGGUUAGGGGAAAUGCCAGGAAGUUUCGGUAUUUCCCCUAAGGAUGGUUGCAGCUUCUGUACAGGGUGCUGUGCGGCUGAGCGCCUAACAGACCUUGUGCUUUCCAUAAGAUAUAUGUGUGUCUGGGGAGGGAUGUUAAUUUUGUUUUUGUUUUUGUUUCUAUUUUUUUAAAUAACACUGUUCUCCAUACAUCUCUCAGUGGAAAGAGUGGCCUUUCUGCCAUCCCAGGCCUAUCAGAAGCUCUUGAAAAAAUUACAUAGCUUCAAAAUUGCUUUCCACAGUGAAAAGAAAGGUGUGUGUAUGUGUGUGUGUGUGUGAAUACUUCCAAGAGGUGAGAUAUUUUGAGGAAAUACCCUUCUAAGAAAACUCUUAAAAGAAUAUGAGAGAGAGAGAGAGAGAGAGGGAGGGAGGGAGAAUGGGUUUUUUCCUUUUUUUAAAAAAAUGCAUGCACCCAAGACAUAGGUUUUCAAAUGCCAAUGAUGCAAUGUUCUUUCUUUCUUUCU